AUGUUUGUUUGUGCUUUUAAAGUGUUUUGGGAGUCCCACCAGCGGUGUAAGGCCCACUUUGUGAGCCUGCAGCGAUGGUGGGACUAUGGGAAAGUGCAGAUAAGGCAGCUGUGUCAGGAGUACACUCAUGGUGUCACAAGAGACAGGGCCCGGCUUGUGAAGGAGCUGGAGACUACAGUGGUAGAACUGCAGCGUUUAGCAAUUUCUACAGGAGAACGGGGGUGUUUACAGUCCCUCAAAGCACAAAAGUCAGCCUUGGCCAGCCUGCUGGGCACCGCUGCACAGCACCUAUUUUUCAGUCUGGAGGUAAAGAACGGGCAGAAGAGGAUCAUCCAGUCUCUGCGCUCGGACAGCGGUCGCCUCAUUACAGACUCUGCCUAG